AGAGGUUAAAAUGUGUUGAAGCUCUACGGCAUUUAAAUCUAGAUCUAUAGUCUCCCAACCUAUUAGUGACAUUAGCUAUACUUUAGGUGUCUGUGGAAAUACCAUCGAGCUCAGUAAGAUCUACAACAAUCUACAUUCGUUAUUUCUGCUGGACACGGUGCGUCCAACCGACCACUGGACACUACUUAUACUUUAUAGUUAGGCCUACGGACAACAGUUGGUGAUUGUGUUGGGAUUCUUAUUUCGACUUUUAAAACUGUGAACUCAAUCAUUUUUAAGGUACCAAAAUUUUAUAUUUCAAUCAUCGGAUUUGUUGCAAGAUUCUGGCAAUAAAGUCCCAGACAUGGCUAUGCACGCAGGGUCGUUCUGCUCAUCUUAUCUAGAUCUACAUCCAAGCACAAAUGAGUGGCCAGCUUUGGGCUAUACAUCAACGAUAAUAACUUCGGACAGCGCUAUUUGUGUAAACCAAAGUGCUGAUUCACAGUAUUUCAAUACUGAACAGUUAUUUAUAAAAGCAAAUGCUUACACAUUGGCGGAAGCAGCUGAACUGGUUUCUUUUCUUGAAAAUGACAUGCAUACAAACGGUGGGAAUACCCGUUCGGAUUAUUUACAUCAGCAACAUCCGCUUCAGCUUAGCAGAGGAUUUGAAUCACCAGUAGACGAAGCGUCUACUUAUAGCAACAUGAUGACUAAGCCGGCAGAUGUUGAAGCUAAGGAUUGCGAUGUUGUAGGAUUAGGUGCAAGUGUGAUGGCUGACGAUCAGACUGACAGUACAGUGCAGAGAAGGCGCAAGAAAAAACACAAGGUUCGACGGAAAAGUUUCAAAAAAUGGAAGCAAGUUGAUUCGAGCGAGUUGGGAUUUUAUGUUUCUUGUUCUGUAGAAAUCCAAAUUUGUGAAGAAGAAACAGACAAUGAGAUAACAAAAACUGAAGAUUGGUCGUCUGAAAAAAACAAUUCACCGUUAAAUGUUCUCUUUACCGCGGGAAAUUCAGCAUCUGAUGAGGUGUCGUCUGAGCAUACGGCGAACAACAUGACGACACAGAGUCAAAUUGAUGACGCAACGUUCUUUGCUUCUCUUGGCAUUGACAUUAAUGACAAUUCUGAUGACGUAACAGCAGACGAAAUGGAUAUCAACGACUGGGAUUAUAUUGUUUUAGAGAGGAAAGUACCUGUUCAUUGUUUUAGGCAUUUAGAUCUACCCACUAAAGUUACCAAUGACACCAAGACAAAGUCUUCCUCCGUACAAAACAAAUCAGCAAAAUGUUUGCCUAGCACACGUCUUCCGUAUUCAAACGACUUCCUCCCUAUUAAAAGAUGCGACGUGUUCAAACUACACAACCUUGAAUGUGCAAGCAGUGCUCGUGUUUACAUCCGGGCAGACAGGGACAGACGUGUAGAGAAGGCACACAAGGCCGUCAAAUCAAAGAACUGUAACUCCAUCUUCAACAACAAGGGACAUAAAUUAUUAUAUAUGCACCACAGAUUAGUGAAAAUGCACAAUUUAUGUUUAGAUUUUCGCCAAGCAGUUAAACCACGGUCAAUGCCUAUGACAACAAUAUUUGUUGAUUUGAAAGCUGCGAAAGAGAUUUGCAAGGCGAACAAGAAUAUGUUACAGCCUCUCCGCCCACCCCCGGCCCAAAACUUGAAACACGCCCUACACGAGACUAACGCUCCACGCCACCUGGAAACGGAACUGGCCAGUUUUCUUAUCAGCCUUCAACACCGCGAACUGACGCCAGAGGAUUACGAUAUGCUACUUCGUUUGGACGACUCUGUCAAACCAAAAACUGUAGCCAAAAGUGUUAUAAAUACUCUAAAAACUGAAAAAAUAGAACUAAGUAUACUUGACUCCGAUGAAAUUCUAUUUUGCACAAUCUGCAUGGAGCCAUACAUAGCUGGACAAGAAAGAAAAUUUUUACCCUGUGAGCACAAUUUUCAUUCCAACUGUAUUGACAAAUGGCUGGCAAAUUCGAGCAUGAACUGUCCACUUGAUGGCUUGCCAAUUGGGUGUUGAAUAUUAGUCAAAUUAAAUAUUUCAAAUUCGAUAAGCAUUAUCAAUGCCACUCAAGCCAAUAUUCUUACACAGAUGAAUAAACUGAUUCAAUUAUAUAUUCAUGUUAGAAUAAUUUAAUCCUAAUGCGAAGGAAGUAUGUUCUGAUGUUCUUCAACAUGUUCUAUCUUAGCAUGUGUUUACUAAUAAUGAAAGUUUAAACAUUUUCUUUAAAUACCAGCCCAGCUAAAAGUACCUCACAAAAAUUCUUUUUUUUUUUAAAUGUAAAAAUAAUCUACCUCAUUAAAGUUUGUAAACACAAUGUUACUUAAACUUAAGGCUUUAAAACAGAAGUUGUAGAUCAAUUCCUAUUAUCG